AUGGAAGACUACUGCAUUGGGGAGUGCAAUGAGACCUAUGAAAGAUAUGUGUUCAACCGCCGGGACCAAGAGGCAAACGAAUCAGUUGAUGUGUUAGUCACCGCAUUACAAAAAUUAGCGAAGACUUGCAACUAUGGGUCACUGACAAACUCGCUUAUUCGUGAUAGAAUGGUGGUGGGCAUUAAUGACAAUUCCGCUUGUAAGAAGCUCCUGCAGACAAGCAAGCUCACAUUAGGACAAUGCAUAGACAUCUGCAGAUCUUUGCAGACAUCAGCAAGGCAGCUGAAAGAGAUGAAUCAAGAGGAUGUCCGUUUAGUGAAGGACAAUAAAAAAAAAACAGUUGACAAAAGGAACGCAAAGGUUCCAGAGAAGAGCCAAAACGAGCCACACGAACGCAAAUGCAAGUUUUGUUCCAGAUAUCAUCCUUUCACUAAGAAGAACUUCCCUGCAUGGGGAACAUCUUGCAAAAAUUGUGGCGAGCUAAAUCAUUUUGCGGUAUGUCGCCAAGAAUCUUGGAAGAAAGUGCUGUCUGUGAACUACACAUCCGAAAACAAGGAGUACGAAUAUGUGGCCGAAAUAGAGGUGAAACAGCAGGUUGAUGCACUAGCCUCUAAUCGCUCCCCCAACAAAGUGUUUGCCACUCUACUGAAAAUUGGGGUCAAAUGA